CAGUGGAAUAAACAAUAUUUUGGUUGCGCGUUAUUUGCUUUUGGAAAGUGUUAUCGUUUUUGUAUGUGUGCUUUAAAUUGUGUAACAAGGCUAUUAGUGGUGUUUGCUUAAUUGGCGGAUGGUCUAACUAUUGCGUCUACCAUGGAAUACGAUUCCGACUCCGAGUUGCACGCAACCGAUACAUUGCGUUGCGAAAGUGAUUCAGAAGAAGACGAUCAACGCAACCAGAACAGCAAAUUGCCGGAGGAGAAAUAUGACGACGACGGGGAAAGCGUUAGCAAAGAUUCGGAAAUGUUGAAAACGGUUAAAGAAAGUGCGAUAACUGAUGUACCGAAGAAUGGUUCAUCCGACGAGGAGGAUCAAAUAGGACAUCGUACCGUUAGCACUGGCCGUAAAUCGAAGGUUUCUAACAUCAUUGAUAGUGAAUCGGACGAAGAACAAGCAACGCCGGAAAUCGGGGACAAGGUGGUGACACCGGACGCUGAUAAUAAGGUACACCUAAAUCGCCUGCAGUCCUUGCUUGAUUCCGAUUCAAGUGAGCAGGAAGUUGCUCCACAGGAAAAGAAAGUAAAACCCCAAACGAAACGGAAGUUGAAAAAAUCUGCCAAUGAACUGGGAACACUUGCAUCAUCGGACUCUGAGGGCGAAAGUGAAGUUAAAAUUAAGACAAAUGUGAAAGAAAAACGAAAACGUAAAAAAGACACGAAAACCGAGGGAUCACCCACUGUAGUUCGCUCUGCUCGGGAUAUUCUCGCGAGCCUUAACUUAUUUUUCGACGAUGAUGACCUAGAAGGUACAGCACGGGUUGCUGCGAAGUCAAAAUAUUCACCAUCGGCUGUUGAUGAAAAAACGGCCUACUCUUCUUCGGAGGAAGAAUCUGUCGAGGGUUUGAUAAAAAGCGCAAGAUCGGCUCGAAAGAUGACGGCUAAGCAGGCGAUGGAGGACAAGCAGAUCAUCCAAAGUGAGUCACAGCGGAUGGCCCGGGAAAAGUACAUCGAUGUGCCGUACCACCGUACGAAAGUGUUUUCCUUCGAAGAGUUUCGCGCUAGGAAAACGAUCUGCAAACCUGAUCCGGCGCGCGAUUGCAAAGAGAGUGCCGCCACGGCAAACAAAUCGAUCCGGAUGAACGCGGCACAGCUGGAAGAGUUUGCCCGAAAGCUUGCAGAGCGAGAGUUGGAAUCGCAAAACUUUUUUAAAUCCGAAAGUGACUCGGCGGAAGAAGCCGAACCGGAAAAGGAUGUUGCAACCGACGGCAAGCCCGACGAACGGCAGGAGAAUGUCACAAUGCAUGAUUCGCAUGAUCAAAACGAUCAGGAACACGUGGAACCGAACGAUGAAGAUCCACCUUCUACUACCGUUGCACCAGCAAACGAUCAAUCGAUCUCGUCUGAGAAUGGCACGCUUGCAACAGAAACAGAUAAACCCAUGAGUGAAGAGCAAAUGGAUCCCAUCGAUGAAAUAGUAAAUCGAACGUCCGAUAAUAUGGAGCAGAUGAUGGCUUCGUUCAGUAGCGAGGCGAAAAAGUCUUCCGUACCGGAAACAGAACCAGUUCAGAUUAAUUAUGAUCUGUUUUCGAAUGAAUCACCUGCCGGCCCAUCGUUGACGAGCAAAAAGGCAUCGCUACUGGCCAACCUCAAGCUUCCACCGUGCCCAAGGCUUAGUGGUAGUUCCGACAUGCUGAUCGAUCUGGACAGUGGUUCACUGCAACCGAAGGAACCAUCCGGGGUUGACAUACUCUUCCAGCGGCUGGCAAAGUGUAGCGGCAGUGCGCAAAAGCCGACCACGCCAACGGCCAAAGCCGUCAGCAUCUUGAGCACAGAGCAUGGUGUGGUAAAGCUGGACACGGUAACACUGUUUUCGUCCGAGGAGCGCCCAUUGGUGCACAAGGAACCCAUCCCUGGAGCGGCGUAUCAUAAGCUGAAACAAGUUUUGAAAGAGAAAAUAGACAACAACCGCCGAGAGUAUAUCCGCAAGAGGGAAGCAGAAUUUGCUAAAAAGAUGGACCUCGAAAAGGCAGAACAGGGCGAUGCCGCCAUGGACGAAGAGGAAGAGGAAAUUGAACUGCUGGAUGAGGAUGAGGACGAGGACGACGAGGUGGACCAGGAAGAAGCAGAGGAGGAAGGUACAAAGGCUAAUGCGGAUGGUCCGCAGAUCGGGACACUGUUGGAUGAUCAAGCGCUGGACGACGAAGCGUCUGAGGCCGAUGAAAGCUCGAGUUCUGACGAGGACGAAGAAGAUGACCAGGAGACGGCAGGGGGCAGUAAAAAAGCGGGAAGAAUUAUAAAAGCUUUUGAAGAUUCGGAUGAUGAAUUGCAGCCCGCUAACGGGGAACCCAAGAAGCCCCUUGAGAAUGCAACAACGUCUUUCACACUUUCCUCUGAGGGUCUCUCUUUAGUUUCUGAAUCUGCCACCAAUAACGAGCAGAAUGAUGAAAGUUUAACACUGCUUUGGAAGAACGACGGAGAGCAGCCCGAUCAGCGGGAAGAGGACGAAGAGGAGGAUGACUUGAUGGCGCUCUGUUCGGGACAAUUUGCAACACAACUGCCAACGCAGAAGCAGGCUUCAUUUUCACAGAGCGACGAUCAUGAUGGUGCUAUCGUAAGCCAGGCAAAUCCGAAACCACUGUACACACAGAAUCAGGAACCGUUUGGGGAAUCUCAACUGAUGGAGCUCUGCUCGGGACGAUUCGAAACACAGGCGAAUGAUGAAGAUCCGACCUCAGGUGACACAGGGAAACAGGAUUCUGCUCCCGACGCCGACCAACAAAUAACUGAUCACAGUGAAAUCUGUGUCGGUGGACGUCUUCGGCUAGAUUCGUCAGAUGAAGAAACGGAACGCGUUGAAAGUGAACCUAAACGUAAAGUGAAAAAGCAACGAAGAAAGCAAAUUAACAUCUCCGAUGAUGAAGAUGAUGUGACAGAACCUGAGAAAACCGCCACGGACGUCGAGAAAGCGGCCGAUGCAACUUCCGACGCUGGCGAUCAGGAGGAGGAGGAGAUGGAGGAACCCGACGAGGAAGCCGAAGGCGACGAAGAUGGUGAACGGUACGUGGAUUACGAUUCGGAGGAAAAUGAGGUGGAAGUUCGACUGACCAAGAAGGAAAAGGAACUGAUGAGUGCCAAGUUCCUGGAGAACGAAGCCGAACUGUCAGAAUCGGAAUGGGGCAGUGCGGAUGAGGAUGAGAAAGAUUUGGACCGGUACGAUGUGGAGGUAGCUGACGAGGAGCAGUACGAUCAGGAAAAAUUGCAGCAGGAGCUCGAAAAAAUCCACAAUCGUCAAAUGCUGGAUCAGGACGAUCGGGAGGUGGAGCAGCUGAAAGAAUUCUUCCUCGAGGACGAAGAAAAAGAUGGCGUCGGACGGGUGCGGCAGUUCCGGUGGAAGAAUGUGGAGAAAACGUUCAGCCUGGAUUACGAUAAAAACGGCCAGCAGGAGGGCGAGGGAGACGGCGCGGGCGGUGGCAACGGAAGCGAUGAGGAGACGGAGCUAAACUGGCGCAAGAUGCGUCACGAGCGCAAUUUGUUGCUGAAGGAGAAAAACAUCGAUCUCAGCACGAUCGAUCUGACCGCCACGACGAUGCUGAAUCCGGCCGACACUACUGCCGUCGCCGGCGACGAGCAGGAAAACAUGCUUCAAGCGAGUGGAAAGAAACGGAUCACAAUUAUAAAGAAGGGCAGCAGCACCUCAUCUGCAGCGGCUGUUAAGGACGAUAAUCCGUUCCUGAUCUCUAAUUCCUCCAUUUUGCAGGGCCACAAAGCAUCGUUUCUGUCCCGCGAUAAGGAAACGCUGGAGAAGCUGGCGAAUUUAAUACCGGAAUCCGAAGGCGCGACCAGUUCGCUCAUAACGGCAAAGGCACGAAACUUCGUGUUCGCUACCCUAAGUCCUGCGGUCGAAAAGUCUUCCAAGCGAUCCCUCGAUCAAGAAGGCGUUGAGAUGAAUGCCAACUCGAAGAAAGCAAAGACUGUGGAGAAACAGUUUGGAUCGAAGAAGAAACUAUUACUGGAACCUUCAAAAUAACAUACAAUUAAAAUCGAUUUUAAGUAAACGUUAAGCAAUGAAAGUCUGGUGCAUAGAAUAUGAAGCAAGUGAAUAAAUAUUGUUUAAAGAAAAAAAA